GUGACUUCUUUUUUUUUUUCCUUUUCUUUUUUCCGGAGCUGGGGACUGAACCCAGGGCCUUGCACUUGCUAGGCAAGCGCUCUAUCACUGAGCUAAAUCCCCAACCCUCUGUUCUGUGACUUCUAUUCUAAAACGAUUUUCCCUAUUGAUUUCAUGUAUCUAUUGCUACUCUUUUCUCCAUUGGCGAGUGAUCCCCCCCUUUUUUUUAACUUUCCGAGUUACCUUUAUAUCAAGAACUUACUAAAUCAGCUUAUGCUAAAAUAGAAACGGCAGCUGUCUCACACCUGGAAGGCUGAGGUUGUAAGUUGCCCAGGCUGAGGCUGGCUACUUCAGCCCAGAACCCCUUCUUAAUUGGGGGCUGCUGGCCACUCCAGUCCUGCAUUCCCCAUAGCCAACAACAGGAUCUUCUAAAAAUCCGUGUGUUUUUUGUUUUUUUGUUUUUUUUUUUUGGUGGGGAGGUGCCAUCUUGGUAUGGCCAUUGCCCCACCUUAGUGACGCCCAGAAUCUCAGCUAGAAUCCCAUCCCUCAACCUUCCACAAUUGACCCUUUUGACCUACAAUAACCCUCUAGCUGGUCUAGGUCCUGAUUGGCUACGAUAGGGAGAUCAGGUGAUGGAGGCCCCAUAAUGUUCCAGAAGGAUCCUGAGUCACAGGCUCCCGGCUGGAAUGCCGCACAUCUGACCGGUCUGCUCACGGUACUUUUUCCACUUACAACUCCAAACUGUCUUCUCCAGGAGAAAGAGCAACGGCAUUAGAGGUCAUGGUGAUUCAUACUCCAGCCCUGACCAGGGCGGCCGCCUACUUCCUCACCAGCUCACCAGUAGACUAGGUGUGAGGAAAAUUCACAGGUUGCCAGGGCAACAAGAACUCCUCCCAAGUGCGGUUGUACGGUCCCAGAGGCAUGGGAGACCUCCAUUCCUGAGGCUUUUAACUUCUAGUGUGUGACACUCUGAUUGUAAAUUGGCAAACAAGAAAACGAUCAACUUUAGAGUGUUAAGUACCACGAUUAAAAUAUCAUGGAUCGAAUCCAUAGCCUUGGGACAGAACCUGACACAUAGUAGGUGCUCAGCAAAUAUUUGUUCAAUGGCUAGAACUGAGUGGGUGGCUAGUCUCACAGGAAUGGAACACCCAAAACGGAGGCCUGUGGGACGUUAGAGCCGCGGGUGCAAACACUGGCGAGCAUUAGAGAAAGUGAAAGAAGAAAUAAGAAGGCGUGGAUGUUGCAAACUUCACCCGGCAAUGUGUACGGGAAGGGGGGGGGGAGAGGCUGCUUCUGGGACAGGCUCUUUCCGUGUGGCGGCAAAAUUUGGAAGCUUCCCCUUCAAGUGUCUGCGUGUACUCCCCUCCAGCCAGCCGAGCCCCUGGCGAGCACUUUCUGCAGAGUCCUCCCGUGCCCCGCGCUCCCAAGUCUUGGGGUUGGGAGGCCAGCACCCGGGCGAUGGUUUUGAUGGCUUAGGUGGCGGUGCGCCCGGCCCAGCCCGGAAGACCAGGGCUCUGGGGCUGCGCAGGCGGGACCGGCCCAGGCCGGUGUGGGGCGGCUGGGCAAGAGCGAGGACGGGCGGGGAGAGCGGAGGCGGGAGCAGCGGGGCCUCUGGGAUCCUAGUCACCGUCCCAUCCGUCGCUGUCGCCUCCAGGUUCCACACCCUCCGACCCAUGGCUGGUUUUUCUGGUUUGGUCUGUAGAGUGAUUUGCAUAUUUCCUUGAAGAACCCAGUGAAGCUGCACAGCCUGUCCUUGGACUUACAAGAGGGACGCCUACGCCCCUGUUGGUUCUCCAGAAUUGGGAGCUGGGAAUGGCCACAUGGAACCGGCCGCACCCAAGGCUGCCUGUGGCACCAGAGCCAGUUGCAGAAGGGGAGUCCCAGCAGCCCCUGGGGCGAGAGCUCUCGGAGGCCAACCGUUUUGCCUAUGCCGCCCUGUGUGGCAUCUCUUUGUCACAGCUGUUUCCAGAACCUGAGCAAAGCUCCUUCUGCUCAGAAUUUGUGACGGGCCUGGUGAAAUGGUUGCAUCUGUCUGAAACUGUCCUCCCAACCAUGAUGGCCUUUGCCAGCGGCCUGGGAGGCAAAGGAGAUGACAUCUUUGCUCAGACUUUAUUGAAGGACCCCAUUCUGAAAGACAACCCAUCAGCCAUCAGUCAGGACCUCCUGAGCUUCUCACUCAAGGAUGGGCACUACGAUGCCCGAGCCAGAGUCCUCGUUUGUCAUGUGACCUCCCUGCUCCAGGUGCCCAUGGAGGAGCUUGAUAUUCUCGAAGAGGUGUUCCUGGAGAGCCUGAAGGACGCCAAAGAGGAGGAGUCUGAGACCGCAGAGGAGUCCCGGAAGAGAAAAGAAAAAAGGAGGAAGUGGAAGCGCUAUCUCCUGAUUGGCCUGGCCACAGUUGGAGGCGGGACAGUGAUUGGUGUGACAGGGGGCCUAGCUGCCCCCCUUGUUGCCGCCGGAGCUGCGACAAUUAUAGGCAGCGCUGGGGCAGCUGCGUUGGGCUCCGUGGCUGGCAUCGCUGUUAUGACCUCACUGUUUGGUGCAGCCGGAGCUGGCCUGACAGGAUACAAGAUGAAGAAGCGAGUCGGGGCCAUUGAGGAGUUCAUGUUCCUGCCUCUGACGGAAGGCAAGCAGCUACAUAUCACCAUCGCCAUCACUGGCUGGCUCGGGUCCGGCAGAUACCGUACAUUCAAUGCCCCAUGGAUGGCCCUAGCCCGCAGCCAGGAGCAGUACUGCCUGGCCUGGGAGGCCAAGUACCUGAUGGAGUUGGGCAAUGCCCUGGAGACCAUUCUCAGUGGCCUCGCUAACAUGGUGGCCCAGGAGGCUCUCAAGUACACCGUGCUCUCUGGUAUCGUGGCUGCUCUAACCUUGCCGGCCUCCCUCCUCAGCGUCGCCAAUGUCAUCGACAACCCCUGGGGGGUGUGUCUCCACCGGUCUGCUGAGGUUGGCAAGCACCUAGCACACAUCCUUCUCUCGAGGCAACAGGGCCGGAGGCCUGUCACCUUGAUUGGAUUCAGCCUGGGAGCCAGAGUCAUCUACUUCUGUCUGCAAGAGAUGGCUCAGGAGCAAGAACCCUGAUGGCGAACACUGCCCCCAUCCAGUGUGCCAAGGAGGGGAAGAGGCUGGUGAGUCCAGAGCACAGGGCCACAGAGGACAGUCAUCCCUUCCUACCUUGCAAGCAUCUCUGUCAGAAAUCCUCCCCCUCUUCCUCACCCCCAGCUCCUCCUUCUCCCCUUCCUCCUCCCCUUCCUCUCUCCUCCCCUCCCACAACCUCUCACCGUUCUCCCAGUUUUCACGAGAAUAGUCUCAGAAAACUCAGGGCUCUGUCAGCCUUGGUCUAGCAGGAGCAGCCUGUCCCUCUCUGGCUGACACCCGCAUCAGAUUCUUCCUAGUGUCCCACGAGGCUUCCUGGGAGGGGUCACAUCCAGGGUAUGCUCAGUUUUGUAGCAUGUACCUUUCCUACAGGCUCCUAUGAUCCUGCCCUACUUGGAGACACCCUCAGUGCUGUGGUCAGUGCAGCUCCACAUUGGUGUGGCUCUAAAAGGCACACUUCACAGAAGAUGGCCCAGCAGCACUGGCUGUGGCCAGCUUCUAGGGCAGUGGUUCUCAGCCUUCCUAGUGCUGAUCCCUUAACACAGUUCCUCCUGUGAUGACUCCCAACCGUAAAAUUGUUUUGUUGCUACUUCAUAACUGUCAUUUUGCCUCUGUUAUGAAUUGUAAUGUAAAUAUCUGAUAGGCAGGUAGUCUUAGGUGACCCCCGUGAAAGGAUCGUUAGAUCCCACCCCUGGGGUCUCGACAGGUUGAGAAGCACCUGCUGGAGAUCCUGUACAAAACUCAACAGCCAUUCGAGGUUCCUGAGAAAUAGUCACCAAUAUUAAUCCUGGAUAAACAUUUAUUAGGCACCAAAGCAAAGGUGGGAUUGAUAGUUACCUGUUUGACAGCUGUUUCCCGGAAGCCUCUCCUAGAACCAUCCCCACAGCCUGCGAGUCCAGCGUGCUAGGUGAGGAUGCGGCAGAAUUCGGCAUUCGUCCCUUUUCUCAUCUUUGCAACCUAAUACCCGAAGAGCAGUGACUUAUGGGAUUAAAGGCUUCUUUUUGGCUCAUGAGGUGAGGGCACUCGUCCAAUCAGAGAAGAGGAAACAUCAAGGUAGCAUUGUUUUCUCUAGGCUUAGGGGAUGCCACUGUCACUGGGAACUCUUCUAAGAUUGGGGCCUUGGCUUCAGAGGCCAGGGACACGUGCUUGUUCCCAGGGACAUCCGGGAUGGGCUGUGCUGGCUGUUAGUUGUUCUAGAAACCGGAGCGCCACAGACACAGGGCGGCUCAGGCAAAGAGGCAUCGCAGCUCAUCACGAACAGCACGGCUCUGUGCCAGAUGCCAUGCCAUUCAUGCCAGCCAUGCCGGAAAUAAAGACGUGCAAAGCUUCUGCCUCGUACAGUCCCAGCUAUUCAGGCAGGAGGCUGAGGCAAAAGGAAUACUUGAGUCCAGGAGUUCAAGGUCGACUUCCACCACAAAGUGAGACCCUAUCUUCUUUAAAAUGGGGAAGAGAGCCAGGCAUGAUGGUGCACACCUUCAAUCCCACACUCGGGAGGCAGAGGCAGGCAGAUCUCUAUGAGUUUGAGGACAGCCUGGUCUAUAUAGUGUGAAGAUAAAGAAAUAAAAAUAAAGUAUAUGCAAGGGAAGAGGCUGUGUGUAUUUCCGUGGUAAGGAACUUGCACAGCAUGUGCGUGACCCUGGGUUUAAGCCUCAGCACCACCAAAAUGAAAUAAACAUAAAUAAAUAGACGGUAGAUAGAUGGACAGACAGGCAGACAGAAUACUGGGUGUGGUAGCUCAUGCUUAUACUCAGUGGGAAGAGUUACCACAAACUCAAGGUCAGCCUGAGCUACACAAGGGGUUCCAGGCCAGCCUGGGCUACAGGUGAGCUCCUGUCUUAAAGAGAGAGCAAAAGUAAGAGCAAGAGACCCAGAAAGUGGGGGGCAGGCAGAAAUAAGUCUAUGUUAGCAUAUUUCUAGCGCGGCAAUUGUGCAGACUAAUUAGCUUUCCCACUAAUUAGCAGUGUAAGUUCUCCCAUUACAGAUACCCCAUAAAUGCUAAUUAAGUUGCAGCAGAUACUCUUUGAAGUGCUGAGCUGAGCUUCCAAGUAGUAAAGAAACAAGAAAGAAACAGAAGUGGUGUUGGGAGGGUCCAGUUCUGUGACCAGCAUUUGGAGGCUGAGGCAUCUGGCUCAGACCUCAUGCUUAGACAAACAGUGUGUUACAGUUAUUAAAACAUAGGUUAAAGACUGCAGCUGAAUAGAGAAGGACCAGAAGUGGCGUGAUGUGGUGUGGAGGAGCAUGGCGGGCCAUGGCACAGGCCUUUAACCUUAGCCCUCGGGAGAGAGAGGCAAGCAGCUCUUCCUGGGUUUGAGGCUAACCUGAUCUACAAAUUGAGUUCCACUUCAAGGGAGGCAGACCCGAGGGGUGGGAGUACUGCCUUUUGACUCUGGCACCCAGGAGGCUGAAGCAGGAGGACCAUGAGUUCUAGGCCAGCCUGGGUUUCAUAUAGAGAUUCUCUCUGAAAAGAGAAAAAAAUAGAAAAAAACCAGCAGAUUAACAAGAAAUAAAAAACUAAUGAGUCCAGUGAUGUGGCUCAUGCCUUUAACCCCAGCGCUCAGGGGGCAGAGGCAGCCUGGUCUACAGUGAGUUCCAGGAUAGUCAGGGCAACAUGGAGAGACUGUCUUGAGAAAACAAAAGAUAGAUAGAUAGAUAGAUAGAUAGAUAGAUAGAUAGAUAGAUAGAUACAUACAUACAUACAUACAUACAUACAUACAUACAUACAUACGUGGGUGGGUGAAUGGAUGGAUGGAUGGAUACAUAAAUACAUACAUACAUACAUACAUAUAUACAUACAUACGUGGGGGGGUCAAUGGAUGGAUAGAUGGAUGGAUGGAUAGAUAGAUAGAUAGAUAGAUAGAUAGAUAAAUAGAUAUAUAGACCGACAGAUGAUAGAUAUAAAAUAACAAGAGAUUUGAAAAUAAAUCAAAUGAAAUUUCUGGACAUGAGAAGGCAGAACAUGAAAUCCAUACUGAUGCUUCAAUAGCAGGUUAGACAGAGGAAAAGAGAAACCGCUACAAGAUCCAUUUGUAGAAAUUACCCACAAUGCCUUUGUGGGGGUAAAGAAGUGGGGAAAAGGAAUGAGGAAGUUCCUUGGUUGCCUAAUGCAAAAUCUGAGAGAAGAGCCAAGGGAAGAGAGGGGCAUUAAUGCCUGAGAAUUUUCCAGAAGUGAGUCCCGCCUGAGCUUCAGGGAGCAGCUAUGCCUGACUAGUAGACUCUUGGGAAUAAACACUGUUCACUGAGAGCCACUGGGCCAGGACGGUUGGCUACAGAGCAGUAACUUCUGCCUUUACUCAAGUGUGCACAUGCUAAUAAACAGCCCAUCUAGUCCCAACUAGAUUGCAGCCCUCAGUUUACCAGAAACUGUAUUUCCAAAUGACACACACUCAGUGAAGGACCUAGAAUCCCAGCACCUGAGAGGUGCUACAUAGUGAGUUUGGGACCAUCCGAGCAAUGUGAGACCUUGUCGAUAAAUAAAUAACAAUUCUGUUGGGAAAGCCAAGACCCUGUGUGUCAAACACCAGCCAAUAAAAUUAGUCUAAAACUCUAGAGCACAAGAACGUUCUCUAGCCCAGUUACUAAUAUUUUCCCCCAUGAUAUCUGUUGAGCUGGGACUCCAGAGUUCGCAGUUCCCUCAGCAACUACUGUCUUCCACGCUUCUACUAUGAUGGCCUAGUAAGCCCAGCUUACAGCCUUUGGCCACCUUCCUAGUCCAGAAUCCCAGAGUCUUCCAGUUGCCUCCAAAGAACAGCCUGGCCAAGCCUGUCCCAGCAACAGCCCACUCCUGGUACCAACUUCUUAGUUUUUAUUUCUGUGAUGAGAUGCCAUGACCAAGGCAACUUAUAAAACAAAGUACUUCAUUUGAGGCUCACAGUUCCAAAGGUUUAUUGACUGUCGCAGUGGGGAGUGUGACUGCAGGCAAGCAGAGAUGGCGCUGUAGGAGUAGCUGAGAGCUCACACCUCAGUCCACAAGCAUGAGGCAGAGAAAGCUAACUAGAAAUGGCCUGGACUUUUUUUUUUUUUUUUUGGUUCUUUUUUUCGGAGCUGGGGACCGAACCCAGGGCCUUGCGCUUCCUAGGUAAGUGCUCUACCACUGAGCUAAAUCCCCAGCCCCAGGCCUGGACUUUUGAAACAUCAAAGCUCACUCCCAGAGACAUACCUCCUCCAGCAAGGCCACACCUCCUCCAGCAAGACCACACCUCCUCCAGCAAGGCCACACCUCCUCCAGCAAGGCCACACCUCCUCCAGCAAGGCCACACCUCCUAAUCCUCUUCGAACAGUUCCACCAACAUCCAAUAUUCAAAUACCUGAGCCUAUGCAUAGGGGCCAUUCUCAUUCAAACCGCCAAAGUGUGUAUUAAAAACCCAAAGGUCAGGGAAAUAGCUCUGUAGCAAAGCACUUGUCUAGUAUACACAAGGUCCUUAGUUCCAUCCCUAGUAAUGAAAAAUAUCAGAUAAAAACCGUAGUCAUGAGCCUCUCCUCCUCUCCCUUGGCUCUGUCUGUUCACACACUUCUGUUUGACACGUGGUUCAGACAUAACCCUCAACCUAGUCAUCACGUGUCAGCCUUCUCAGAAUUUUCAGGCUGCCAGGGUGUCUCUUGCAACCAGCAAACUGUAAGUAGCCAUCUUUGUGGGUACCUAUGAUCUGUUUAUGAUAACUCAUUUUUGGAAGACAUCAGAGUUGUUAAAACAUAUUUGAUUCACAAUUGUAUCCGAUCACAAAGGGAAGUGAGACGGGCAGGAGGGGAUGAAAUGUGAAAAGAGUCAAAUCCUGCAUGGUACUCGCUGUGUGACCCAGGACAGUGUUUGUAGGUCUGAGGCCGAAUAUCCCAUGGUAGAAUGGAGGUGUUCUGCUUACCUUCCAGGGACACUUGGUCCUGAACUUUUUCUAAAGUAAGAGGUGGUAAUGGUUUAAAAAAAAAAUUAAGAGAGCACACACUUGGUAUCCCAAGACUCAGGAGGAGGCAGGAGGAUUAUAAAUUCAAGACCAGCCUGGACUAUAUAUAUUGAGACUGUCUUCCAGGGGGAAAAAAAACCCUUAUUUUUUAAGGAUGUAGUAGGGGCAGUGAGAUGUCUCAGUCUGGAAAGUUCCUGUAGCUCGCAUGGACCUGAGUUCAGACCCAUGUAUGAUGAUAGCCAUGCACGGAUGUGCACAUCUGUGACCUGAUGACAAGCAGAAGAUGGGUGGAGCCUCCAAGUUUACUGACCAGCGAGUCCAACCAAUUAGUAAGCACCAGGCUCAGUAAUAGAUCCUAUGGCCAAAGAGAAGAGAGACAGUAAUUGCCAGACACCCAGCAUCAAUCUCCAUCCUCCACACACAUCACAUGCUACAUGCAUAUCCCCCACACACAGUUCUUGUAAAGAAAGGAGAGGGAGCCAGGCAUGGUGAUGCAGGCCUGUAUUCCCAGCCUUCUGGAGGCAGAGACAGGUGGAUCGCAGUGAGUUCCAAGCCAACAUAGGGCUGCCAAGUAAGACCCUGUCUCAAAACCGAGGAAAGGAAUGGAGAGAUGGCUCAGUGGUUAAAAGCAUGUAGUGCUGUCUCAGAGGAUCCCAUUGUGAUUCCCAGUUCCCAUGUCUAGUCUCUCAGAACAGCCAAUAACCCCAGC